AUGCUCUCGCACUCGCGCCUAAGAACACCACCACCUCAAAUAGCACCACGAUGGCUCACAACAUCCACACCCCAAAGAACAAGCCCCAGAAUCCAAUCCCAGCUCCACCCAAUCACCCUCCCACGCCCAACACAACGCCCAUUCACCUCAACGCCAAUCUCCCGACUCCGCACCUCCACCAAAUCCAGCUACCACCAAAGACCAAACUACAACCGCUUCAGCGGCUCCCAGCGCACCUCACUAUUCCGCACCCUCCUCACAAAAUCCAAACCGCAUCACUUCGUCCUCAUCGGAAUUGGCAUCUCAGGCCUAUACCUCUAUAACACAGACGUGGUAGAAAUGACCGGCCGCCGCCGCUUCAACUGCAUAUCCGCGGAGCGCGAACUAGCCAUGGGCGCAGAAAGUUACCGCGAAGUCCUCGCCUCCGAACGAGGCAAGGUCCUACCAGACUCCCACCCACUAACGAAGAGCGUUGAUCGCGUUCUGCAGCGCCUCAUCCCUAUGGCGGAUAUCGAGGGUGCGGAGUGGAAGGUGCAUGUUAUCAAGGAUGACGGGAAUGCGAACGCAUUCGUAUUACCGGGAGGCAAAGUCUUCGUAUACACAGGCAUUCUACCAAUCUGCCAAGACGAAAACGGCCUCGCCGCCGUCCUAGGCCACGAAAUAGCACACGUUGUAGCCAGACACCCGGCUGAGCGCAUGAGCACGAGUUUCCUGACGCUGGGCACUGUAUUCCUCGUCUCGAUGCUAUUCGAUGUUUCGGGGCAAUUGUCGUCCAUGAUGGUGAAUUUGAUGUGGAGUUUGCCUAAUUCGCGGACGCAGGAGGCUGAGGCGGAUCAUAUGGGGUUGAUGAUGAUGGCGAAGGCUUGUUUUGAUCCGUCCGCGGCGGUGAGGCUUUGGCAUCGGAUGCAGAUGCAGGAGAAGGGGGUGCCGUUGCAGUUUAUGUCGACGCAUCCGUCUAGUUAUAAUCGGGAAGAGGCGAUUCGGGGAUGGUUGGAGAGGGCGGAGGGGGUUUAUUUGGAUAGUGAUUGUGGGGUUGUUGGGGGAUUUGUGCCUGGCUUUCGGAGUGCGGUUAGGGAGAAUCGUUCGGUGGUGUGGUGA